UGAGAGUGACCCCGUGACCCCAGCGCCAAAAACACGUCGAAACUGCUCCUGCUAUCAAUUAAGCGAGGGGGCUGAUUUUGGUAAACAAAAUAAUAAACCUGCACCACGGCGGCCGUAACUAAACCACCGACCGGAUGUCAGGAAACGGGUUUAUGUCCAAUUUCCGGCGGUUAAUAAGCCUCGAAGAGCGGGCGGCGAGGAGCACCCCGAGUCCGUUUGAUCAACUCCGUCAGCGGAUGAACGAUGUCCUGGGGGACGGAGGCGUCCUGAAGGAGGUGGUCCAAUCCGGAGAGGGUCCGCCUGUACCUGAAAAUGCUUCCGUACUGAUCCAUUACUCGGGUUUCCUGGAAUAUUCGGACCGACCUUUUGAGACCACCACGCACUCAAAGUACCCCCGGAUGAUGAAGUUAGGGAGAGACGUGACGCUGGCCGGACUGGAGAUCGGUCUGCUGACCAUGCGGAAAGGAGAGUUUGCUCGUUUCCUCUUCCAGCCCCGGUACGCCUACGGGAGCAUGGGCUGCCCUCCGCUCAUUCCCCCUGCUGCUGUCAUCCUCUACGAGAUUCAGAUCCUCGACUUCCUCGACUCGGGACAAGUGGACAACUUCCUCGCGAUGAGUCCGGAGGAACAGAGCACCGUUCCUCUGGCAACGCUCCUCGAAGUUGUCUGCACACUACGCAGCUUCGGCAACCGUUGCUUCAACCAAAGCCGCUACGACAACGCCAAAGAUCGAUACAAACAGGCAACGAUGCUGCUGGGGAACCGGGAAACCCAGAGCGCUGCUGAGAUGGAGACGAUGGAGACGGCGCUGCUUCCGCUCUAUCUGAACCUUUCUCUCACUGAGCUCCGUCUGGACAGCCCGCGCAAAGCGCUCAAGUAUGGAAACAAAGCCUUGGAGAUCGACUCUGCCAACACGAAGGCUCUGUUCCGCUGCGGUCAGGCGUACAUGGAGCUGCACGAGUACGAGAGCGCCCAUGGUUACCUCAUAACUGCUCAAGCAAAGAAGCCCUUUGACAGUGACAUCAACAACCUACUGAGGAAAGUGGAAAUAUGCUAUAAGGACAGCCUGGACAAACAGAAGGACGUGUACUCCAAGAUGUUCAGAGGCUUGAGGGGCAAGUGAGGAUACAAAGAUGGGUGAGAAGAUGACUUUAUGGCUUAAGAACGUUCUCUCCAGUACUGCAAAUUCUGAAAGUUCACCCGUGGUAUUUUUGGGGGCAUAUGUUGUUAAAUAAUAUUAUAUAGAUGCAUUUAUAUAUAUUUUUUCAAACAAUUAUUGAGGUUACUAAUUUAAGUUAUGUUUGAGGCUUUUCUGGAAUUCCCUUCUUCCUCAGAUUCUCUUUGUAUCCACUUUAUGCUGGAGUGUUAAAAAAUGUCACCGGGUUUGAUCGAUGUUGAGUUAAUACUGAUAAACAAAUUAAAUGUGUUUUGCUUUCA